ACUCCUUUUCCGUACUCUUAGGUCACGUGGUUUUGUUUACUAGCAUGAAGCGUGCUAACUGAAGCUGAAGCUCCAAAGCUACUUACCUUUCAAAUACUCAAACAGAAAACCUUUUCAUGUUUUAUAAAGAUUUAUUUUAUAAAGUAGUGAAGUAUUAAAGAUGUGACGUUUUAUCUGGAGAGGCUGACGUCAGUUGUAGCUUGUUAUCCUGAGAGCUAAGCAGCUAUCUCUGCUCUGAUGCUAACAGCAGCAUUAAUGUUUAACAGUCUGUGUCAUUAAUGUUAAACCAGGUUUGAUAAAUCUCUGAGUUCAGUCACUAUGAGAGCUUUAAAUUAUGUUCACCGGGUCAGCCUGGACUUCUCAGGGACUCUGUUUCCUCAUGCGAUCUGUUUAGGAGAUGCAGACAACGACUCAUUAAACGAGCUAGUGGUGGGGGACACCAGUGGAAAGCUGCUCGUGUAUAAGAACGAUGACUCCAAACCCUGGAUCACAAGAACCUGUGUGGGCAUGCUGACUUGUGUGGCAGUUGGAGAUGUGUGCAAUAAAGGAAAGAACUUUGUGGUGGCUGUGGGCGCUGAGGGCUGGUUUCACCUCUUUGACCUCACAGCUGCCUCCUCAAAUAAAUCAGACUCAUCCAGUCAGCACGAGUUCAUGUUCUCUGAUGACCAGAAGCCGCUCUUCACUCAGCACAUCCCCGCCAACACCAAAGUCAUCCUCAUCAGUGACAUCGACGGAGACGGACGCUGUGAGCUGGUGGUGGGUUACACGGAUCGGGUGGUGCGAGCUUUCCGCUGGGAGGAGCCUUCUGAUGGCCCGGACCAGGGGUCAGGUCAGCUGGUGCUGCUGAAGAAGUGGCUCCUGGAGGGACAGGUUGACAGUUUGUCAGUAAAUCCAGGACCAGAAGGUUUACCAGAGCUGAUGGUGUCUCAACCCGGCUGCGGCUACGCCAUCCUGCUCUGCUCCUGGACCCAGCAGGACUCCAGCAGCUCUGGAGAGGAAGCCCCUGCGACCCCUGGGAGUGAGGGACCCUCCAGAGACGUAGUUCUCCAUCUGACCACCGGGCGGAUACACAACAAGAACGUGUCCACUCAUCUUAUUGGAAGCAUCAGUAAAGGCUCCAAAGAGGAAUCUUCUAAAUGUGGCCUGUUUGCUCUCUGCACUUUAGACGGAACGCUGAAGUUGAUGGACAGCUCGGAGCAGCUGCUGUGGUCGGUUCAGGUGGAUCAUCAACUCUUCGCUCUGCAGAAACUCGACGUCACCGGAGACGGCAGAGAGGAGGUGGUGGCGUGCGCCUGGGACGGUCAAACCUACAUCAUCGACCACAACCGGACUGUAGUUCGAUUCCAGUUUGAUGAGAACGUGAACGCCUUCUGUGCAGGUCAGUAUACGUGUAAGGAGGGUAAGAACAGCCCCUGUCUCGUCUACGUGAGCUUCAACCAUAAAAUCUACGUGUACUGGAAGGUGGGUCUGGAGCACAUGGAGUCCACGACCCUGUUCAGAGUCCUGGAGGAGAAACCGGACUUCAGGAACCACCUAAAGACGCUGGGAGUCGACUCGGAGGACCCGGCAGCCGUCAGAGCCCUGGUGUCGGAUCUCCUCUACAAGGACUCUCAGCUUUAACACAGUGACACACAUCAACACACUGCCCCCCCCCCCCUCUGACUGUAAAUACUCUUAAUAAACUCUGAAUGUCAGACUCUGCGUUGUUCCCUGCAGACGGACGUGACAGGUUUUAGGUUUCUGUCUCUGUCAUUGGGUUUCUCUACGACACGGAGAGGAUGAAAGCUUCAGGCGAGGUACUUCCUGUAGAACCUGCCGAGGAUCAGCGGAGGCAUCAUGCUGCUGUCAGUCAGCGCUGACAGGACGAAGACAACAUCUCCUACUCAAACACCUCCCUCCUUCUCAUCCUGAAUUUCCUCCAGCGCAGCAUCUCGAACACAUGACGCUUUAAAUACCUUACAUAACACACACACUAUUAUUGCAUAAUGUCAGUGUGUGUUUGAGGGAGCCUGCAGGGUGUGAUGACUGGAGGUAGUGGAGGGAAUCACCCACUGUUCCCACUGGGAGGAUCCUAUAACCUCUCCUGUACGCCGCCUCUCUUUUUCUCUCAUGCAAAAUAAAUGAGCUGUGUGUGUUUGUGUGUGUUUGUGUGUGUUUGUGUGUGUGAGCCUCGGGGUAAACGCAGGCUCAGGUGUCCUGGCAGGCCUCAAGCUCUCAGGUCUCCCGUGUUUUUAACCUUUAGAGAUGUGCUGGGAGGAGGGAGGCACCUAUAGGACUCCCACAGCUCCCUGAGAUCCACUCUUCACUUGUUUUUGUCAGACGUUGACGUGAAAUCCUCCAAUUCACGACGUAUAGGAUCAGUGACGGGUGUUUGAAGUUGAGCUUUGGAGGCGUAAGGCUGUUAUUUCUCAAACACGUUCAGAGGUUCUGUUUCUGUAUAUUAAGCUUAAUAUCUUCUUUAAUAUGAACACAGUGUUGAAAGGUCUGCAACGUUUGAUAGCUCACUUUGACAUUUUGCACCUUUAAAUGUCAUACUCGCAGAGAACUGUCCUCUUCUUGUGUUAGAGCCCCUGAAACAUCGUCACCAUGUUUCAGCAUCCUUUUUACUCUGUGUUGUUGCAGGAGAUCGUCCAUUCUGCAGUUUUCUUUGACUUUUAAGGGCCACUUAAGUGAAAAUGUGGCAUCUGCAGGAUUCUAUUGAUCAUUUGGACUCUAAGUACACAUUUUUAUCUGUGCAAAUAAAGUGUUUCUUCAUUGUAGGAGUUUUAUUUCUGAAGAUGAAAGGUGGGCAGAAGAAAAAUGACUCGUAUAAAUACCGAUGAGAAUAAAACUUUUGAUCUGA